AUGCCCAACGCGAAAGCUGGUGACCUGUACUCCGGAGAGAUAUUCUGGCGUGAUCACUACGAAUGGCUGAACAAUCUUGGCUACAAACUUCGGGAUCGUUACCGUCCGGGCUGGGUACCUUCAUGGAGGGACAAGAGCAACGUGACUUGGUACGAACAGGAGGAUUCAUACCCGUUUUUAGAUACUCGCGUGGCGGACGCUACUCGUGUCGCUGAUGGAACUACCGUUGCACUCAAACUCAUUUAUCCCGACGACAAUCCGCAGGUAGAAGAUGUCAUCAUCAAGCUUGGUAGCGAGCCUCUGGCGUCCGACGCACGAAAUCACUGCGUUCCAAUCUAUGAGAUACUGCCCCUGCCUGACGGAAAUACCGCACGGAUCAUAGUCAUGCCCCUCCUACGCAAGUACGAUAAUCCACGCUGGGAUACCAUAGGAGAGGUUGUGAGCUGUAUUCAACAGAUUUUCGAGGCAUCUUAUCAGGGGCUUCAACUCAUGCAUGCUUAUCGGAUUGCUCAUCGGGAUUGCACCGGCAACAACAUCAUGUUGGAUCCUAGGAACAUGUACCCGAAGUCGUUCCAUCCGGCUGAACCCAACAGAUCGCGAGACUGGAGAGGAAAUGCUCUGUCGUAUACAAGGACCCAGCGUCCAUCAAGUUAUUAUCUCAUCGACUUCGGCCUUUCACAGUUGUAUCCGCCCCAUGGGGCAAAAGCAAUACCAGUCGAGGGUGGGGACAAGAGCGUCCCUGAAUUCCAGUCCAACCCCAACGGCGAGUACGAUCCUUUCCCCGUGGACGUGUACUAUCUCGGGAACUGGGUGAAACAAUAUAUCAUCAAGGUGAAAGCCGCCCUCUGUUCUGCACUUAAAUUGCACGGUUUUGAGUUCCUAGAGCCUCUCAUGGACGAGAUGACAUCGCGGGAUCCUAUAGAACGGCCGAACAUGAACCAGGUGAUGACACGACUGGCCGAGAUCGUGGAAUCGACAGGGUCCUGGAAGCUCCGCUCCCGAGUGGUCGCUUACAAGGAACAUCCGAUCAUUGGCCUAUAUCGUGCUGUGGGCCACUGGAAACGACGCAUCAUCUUCAUCGUCACUCGCACUCCUCCCAUCCCUGUACCAACCCGCGGCCCUCCUGUAUACACGGAACGCAAGCCAUUGCCCGCGACUGCAAGUGGUGUGUCUACGUCGACAGAGCCAGGUUCCGUCGCGCGAAACAGCGGCGCUGCGGCAGACACAUCAUCUACGCCAUAA